AUGGCCUCGGUGGCCACCAACAGUACUGCCGACGCAGUGGACACCAAGAAGAAGCAACCCCCCCCCCCGCCUACCUAUAAUUUCAGCUUUGCACCAUUCCUUCGAGCAAACGGUCUGGCUGCUCUAGUCUCUACCGUACCUGUUUGUCCCGAUUUCGCCUCAAGCGGUCACUGUCCACGCGGUCGACGAUGUCCCGAUCGUCACCCUACCCCCGCUCAGCAAUCUCAACACCACUAUGGUCGCAACAAUGACAACUAUGUUUGCAAACAUUGGCUCAAGGGCCUCUGUAAGAAAGGGGAUGCGUGCGACUAUCUUCAUGAGUACAACCUGCGAAAGAUGAGUGAAUGCCAAUUUUUCAAUCAGAACGGAUACUGCCAGAAUGGCGACGAGUGUCUAUAUGUCCAUGUUAAGGAAGAUUCCAAAUUACCCAUGUGCGAAGACUACAACAAGGGGUUCUGUGAGAAAGGACCAAGAUGUUCCAAGAGACAUGUCAGGAGAAAGUUGUGUGAAUUCUAUCUGGCAGGGUUCUGCCCGGAUGGUAAGGAGUGCAAACAUGGUGUCCACCUCAAGAGUGUUACUGCUGCUCCUGCGGGAGAAAAAGAUGGUGAUGCCCAAAGACGAGAGAGAACCACCGAAUUGGAGAAGAAGGAAGAAGAGACACGGAAAGAUUUUGGAUGGAAAGGUCGAGGUGGCAAGGGAGGGAGAUGGAGAAAUAAACGUGACCGGAGGUGA